UUUGUUUUGUUUAUCUUUGCUUGCUAAAACUCAUGAGGAGCUGUGUUAAGUUUCUACAGUUGUAGUGAUCAUGAGCUCUCUCUUUCUCUUUUCUUUUUCUCCAAUUCUUCGAUAAAGUAAUCUCGUUUUAUUGUGUGUUUGUUGUUAAUGUUGUUUGGAAUAUUGGAACAACAAGUUAUUCGCUUUUAUGAAAACAUAAAUGUAUUCAAAUUUUGUCUACAGCUGGAAGUUUCUUUUGUUAAGGCUCAUCUUCCAGUUCGUAUUUUGGAGGAGAAAGAGAGCCCUUCUUUUGCAUUUUGCUGAAAUUUGGUUGAACAUCUUGACUCCAGACUGUGAUGAUCUCGUUAUUUUUUAGUUAGUUCUUGAGUGAGAGAGUAAUUUUUGUAGGUUGCUCCUUUGCUUGGUUCGUUGAGGUUAUUUAUUGUAGGUUGAGCAGAAAGGUUUUUGUUUCUUGCCCCCAAAUUGAUUGUUUCUUCAUUAUCUUUGAGGUUUUGAAACUACCAUUUCAGCUUUCUGCGGAUCCAUUCUUUACCCGUUGAUAUGUGAUUGAGUAGAUGGUUUGAACCAAGGAUAUAAGCUACUAAAACUGUAAAGAUUGCUUCUUUUGUUUGCUCUUUAUACUAAACUUUCUCGGCAUGUAUUCUUCUCGAAAAUAUAUGCUUGCUUUUUUCUACGAAUGGAAGGAAGUUAUUUUAUUUAUGUACCAUUUCCGUUUUAUUCACUUUCAAGCGGUCUUCUCUGACGAGUUUUGCGGUGGCUGAAAUUUGAUGUAUGAUUUGUGUCCGAUGUUAUCUAUUUCCCUUUUUGAUGUUUGAGUCUGAAACAGAUAUAAAGUAUAUAUCUUAAUGUAGUUCGGUGCUAGUUUCGUUAGCUGUCUGUUGUUUGGCAGUGGUAGUUUUCAUUUUGCCUUCUUUUGGGAACCUUCUUUUUACUUGCUUACUUUGCACCCAUCCACGUGUUCUAUACAUCGUCGGUGGGGGUGGUUUUAUAAAGUAAAUGUCACUUGUUUACUUGUUGAUUUAAGUAACGUGGAUCGAUCCAACAUCCUAGAACUUUAUUAGCUAGUUUCUAGGCAUUUACAAUACAUCUGAGGCUUCCUCUUCUCUCCACUCUCUGUUCACAGUUUCUUGAGCAUCAGAGGAUCUGUUCACUUGAUAACUAAGUAAGCUGAUCCUUGUUUGAUAAUAAGGAUAUUGGUUUUUGUAGAUGAUUCAAUGAGAAUAAAUCUCUGUGGGCAUUCCAAAUCUCACAAAAAAGUAAAUAAAUUUUGAAGCUUUUUCAGUAGAUUUCUUUCUUAAUAGUAUGUGGAUGGAGUGCAGUUAAAUGUGUGAAAUGUUUUAGGUCUCAAAAGGACUUCUGUAGGUUCCCUAGUGGCAUCUCUUCUUGCCGUAUUUGACUUUUUAACUUAUUCUAAUUUUCCGUUAAGUCUUUCAUUAUUGGUCGCCGUUACUGAGAUGCAAUGAGUUAAACGUACUAUUUGAAAAUUAAUGUUUCGUGACUAAACUAGAAAUUAAGUCAGUAACCUUAGGGAAAUAGAAAGAUGAACUCAUUUGACUUCUUUUCUUUAUAUUGUUUGACCUUCUUAGCAGCAAGGGGGGAAAAGGACUGAAGAUUAAUUUUAUGAGUGAUGCAUGUAAUUUAUCAGUCCAACAAAUAAUAUUGUGUUCAUGAGCAUGAGCGUCUUGUUUCCAAUUGGUGGUUUCGGUUGAGUUUCCUUCUGGACCAUAUUAUUCCUGUAUAUCUGUUUCAUGAGAGUCAUUCUUUAAUUUCCCUUUCAGUUACUGGCACUCUUGUGAUGGUUUAUGUUUCUAUGUCGGCAACCCAGCUGAUCUUUGUUUAUUUUUGUUGCUGUGUUCGUGAAGGCCUUGGCUUGGAUGCACAUAUGAGCAUAUUUUGUUUCUGAGUCUGCAUAAGCAUCUGACGGCUACUGGACGUUGAGGAAAUGUCUUCUGAAGAUGGAAGAAAGAUCUUAACUCUAGUUCAAAAUCGCAUAGAAAGUUGUCUCCGCAUGUAUAUGAACCAGAAAGAAGUAGUAAACACUCUUUACAUUCAGGAUAACAUUGAGCCUCAUGUCACAGAACUUGUCUGGCAAAAGCUGGAAGAAGAAAAUCCAGAUUUUUUCAGAGCGUAUUAUCUUAGGCUGACAGUGAAAGAGCAAAUAAUGGAAUUCAACAAGUUGCUUUCGGAACAGGUACAGUUGAUGCGCCAACUAGGACCGGCGGGGAUUUCCUCGAUAUCCAUGUCAAAUGGAGCUCCUGUACCAUUGAUGCAUCAGAAUAUGGCUGCCUGUCAAGCUGAAGAAAGGCCUGGCGGCUCUACAUUAAAGGCAGAGAUUAUGCAACAACAGCACUCAAUGUCCGCCAACUUACACAACGUGUUUAGUAAUAAUCGUGGGUCAGCAUCAAUGAUGCAGUCAUGUGUCCAGGUUCAACCUCCUGCUCCGGAUAUGUCUUCUUCCCUUGGCCGAAGAAUGGAUAUUUCGGCUAAUAACAUGUUGUUGGCUCACCAGAGCUCAAAUAGGGGGGUUUUAUCAUCUCCCUUGAUAGAUGGGGCCGGAAUGAUUAAAUCUGAACCAGGCUAUGCUGCUGGGAGUAGUUCCCCUUUUGAGUUUGGUGCUGCACAUAAUAAUCAUCAUCUUGUGGAAUCUCGUUCUGCAUUGUGUGACGCCUCUGUAUCAUCUUACAGUAGUGGAGCGGAGUCCAAUUCACAACCAUUCAAUGAAGCUAGUGCUUUACUGGAUGCUGAUAAUCCUUCAUUUGGUUUGUUGGAGCAAAUUUCUCCACAUUUCAAUUUCACCCUCUCUGACUUCCCCACUGGUUUGUUUCUUUCUUUCAAGCUGUCUCUCCCUUUCUCUCAAUAUCCCGGCAGAUACAUAUAUCAACGUAGCACCUGUGACUUAUUCUUUUUUUUUUUCAGGGAUUUUGGACGAUUUUUCUAGGCCUCUUUUAAUGCCAACGGAUUCAGAUAACUUUGUCGAACACCAUGGUAAGGAAAAGCUUAGCAAAAGGGCAAAUUGUUUAUGUAGUGUUUAUUCUUCGUUUGUUAUGAAUCAGCACUGAUAAGAACAAUUAGGCGUCGAUAACUUGGCUUGCAUUAUGUACUUUUUGGAAAUGGUGUGGUUUUUGUUAGGCAGUUUCUAUAUACUUCAGAAGAGGAUUUGUACAGGUUAAUAAUAAAAGAAAUUUUACGGUACACAAAGAGAGUAACUUUCGGUACUUUCUCAUCAUUUCUGUUGCUGAUCGUUUUGCUUGUGUAUUUUCAACUCGUCCCUUUAGGAGACAUUGGAAAGUUUAAUGCUGCACCAGAAGGCUUCAGAUAUGAAGAUCUUGGCCGUGACUAGUUAAUGAGGCACAACAAACUUUUAAGUGCUAUGAGCUGCUUCACGCACCCGUGUCCAUUACAUUGAUGAGAAACGUGUGUCUUUGGAGUAGCGUUCAUCUUUCCAAGAAGGGUCCUUGGCUCUCCAUAUUUCAGUUGCUGAUGCUCUCUAAUUAGGGCUACUUUUUAUUACUUUUUUUGGUCUCAUUUCCUUUUUUCUGAAGUUGAUAGCUGCAAAUUCAUCUAGGUGAAAGUGUUUGUACAUAAAGGAUUCCUUUCUGGCUUUGUGAAGCUAAAUAGUUUGAAGAAGAUAGAUUAUGUAGUGCUAAUUUUUCAUUUAGCAGUUUUAUAGAAUAAGUUGUUAAAAUAAUUAGCAUCUCCAGAGGAUAUUGUUUUUUCUUUUGAAGGUUAUUC